AUGUGCAACAGCUCCUGCAUGGGAGGCAUGAACCGCAGACCCAUCCUCACCAUCCUGACCCUUGAGACUUCAGGGUACGUAACUUUGGGCCGAAGAUGCUUCGAGGUGCGUGUCUGCGCGUGUCCCGGCAGGGAUCGUAAAACAGAGGAGGCAAAUAGUGCCAAACUUCAGACAGGGGCCAAACAAGUGAAGAAAAGAAAAAGUGCCCCAGCAACAGAUCCUGAUAUGUGCAAAAGGAAGUCUGGCUCAAGCACAGACGAGGAGGAAGUACUUAUGUUGCCAGUUAAAGGCCGUGAGCGCUAUAACAUGUUAAAAAAGAUAAAUGAUGCAUUAGAACUGGCUGAAAAAGAGCUAAAAACAAAACCAGGGCUUCUAAGGAACUGCUGCCGUCCAGUGGAAAGCGCGUCUUGCAAAAAGCAGAACGAAGCGACAGCGACUAGUUGCAAUCUGCCUUCUUUUAACCGCCAUGUACGAGUUAUGUUCAGUGUUGCUUCCUGGCCAACAUCCCUCAGCAGGAGGCUGCACGAUCAUCGAGUUCAGAUGAACUGCGCGACCCCAGCCCCCUGUACCUCCCCAUCCCUCGUCCUGCCGGGGUCCGGCGCGACCCCAGCCCACGGAACCUCCCCGUCCCUCGUCCUGCCGGGGUCCGGCGCGACCCCAGCCCACGGAACCUCCCCAUCCCUCGUCCUGCCGGGGUCCGGCGCGACCCCAGCCCCCUGUACCUCCCCGUCAGGCGUCUUGCCGGGGUCCGGCGCGACCCCAUUUUUUUUGUUUUUUAUUUUUUUUCCUUCUCCUUUCCUCCCCUUACCUCCACCCGUGCCACAGGCCCACUGAUGAUGAACAUGAUGAUGAUGACGAACAUGAUGAUGAUGAUGAUGAUGAUGCAAGCAGACAGCUGCGUGCAAGGGCUGACCAUUU